AUGGCGUUGUGCGAGGUGCAUCGAUCGGCCACCGUGGCCUUCGCGCCCACGGAGCCGCUUAUAGCGAUGGGGACUAUGGCGGGAGCCAUCGAUCUCUCCUUCUCCUCCUCCGCCUGCCUCGAGAUCUUCCGCCUCGAGUUCGCAUCCACCACCGCAUCCGCCGACAAUCCCGCCGCAUCUGCCGCCUCCUCCGGCGCUGGCGUCAGCCCGGCCGGAACCUUCGGAAACGCCGCUGACGUGUCACCGGACGAUUUUUUUGGCGGGCUGGGCAGCCCUGACCAAUCCGGAGGCAAGGCGGCUGGCGGAGUGCCGGGAAGCGCGGGAGCGGGGGGCGGGCGGUCGGAUCUGCCGUCGCUGGGGGCGGCGACGGCGAGCGAUCGGUUCAAUCGGCUGUCGUGGGGAUCGUGCGGCGUGGAGCAGUCGGAGGUGUUCAGCCACGGCAUCAUCGCGGGCGGCCUGAUUGAUGGCACCGUCGCGCUCUGGAACCCCGCGCGCAUCAUUAGCGGCAAGACGGGCGAGGGAGAGGGAGCUCUCGUCGCCAAGAUGUCCAAGCACAAGGGCGCGGUGCGCGGGUUGGAGUUCAACCCAGCGGCGCCCAAUUUGCUGGCGUCAGGCGCGGAGGACGGAGAGCUCUGCAUCUGGGACCUCGCCAACCCGUCCGCGCCCUCGCUCUACCCCUCGCUCAAGGGAGCGGGAGGAGGCCCACAGGGGGAGAUAUCGUGUCUGGCGUGGAACCGCAAGGUGCAGCACAUCGUCGCUACCACCUCCUACAGCGGCCUCUCCGUCGUCUGGGAUCUCCGCAAGCAAAAGCAGGUCAUCAGCUUCGCGGAUCCAGUGAGCAGGAGGCGCUGCUCGUGUCUGCAGUGGAACCCCGAGAUAGCCACACAGCUCAUCGUUGCCUCUGAUGACGACCGCUCGCCCUCCCUCCAGGUUUGGGAUCUGCGCAACGCCAUGUCGCCUGUGAAGGAGCUCACCUCGCACACCAAAGGAGUGUUGGCCAUGGCAUGGUGUCCCAGUGACAGCGGGCUGUUGCUCUCGUGCGCCAAGGACAACCGCACCCUCUGCUGGGACACGUCUGUUGGGGAGGUGUUGUGCGAGCUACCGGCGGGUACCAACUGGAACUUCGACCUGCAGUGGUCGCCACGGGUGUUGUGCGAGCUACCGGCGGGCACCAACUGGAACUUCGACCUGCAGUGGUCGCCACGGGUGCCAGGGCUGCUCUCCGCCUCCUGCUUCGACGGCCACGUCUCGCUCUACAACAUCGAGGUGCGUCUCUCGCUCUACAACAUCAAGUCGGCUAGCAGCAAGGAGUCAGACUUUGGCGCGUCGCUCGCCAACAGAACGCCCAUGGCAACAUCCCGCGCGCCCAAGUGGUUGAAGCGGCCGUGCGGAGCAACCUUUGGCUUUGGCGGGCGGCUGCUGUGCUUUGGAAGCAAGGUGGGGCAAGCAGGGCAUGGGGCGCAGGUGGCGGUGCACAGUGUGGUGACGGAGGAGGGCGUGGUGGCCCGCGCUGACGAGUUUGAGGCUGCCGUGGCGGGCGGCGACAGGGAGAAUCUCAAAGCCUUCUGCCAACACAAGGCGCAGCUCGCCACUGCCCCAGAGGACAGGGAGACGUGGGACUUCCUCACAGUGCUCUUUGAAGACGAUGCCCGGCGCAAGCUGCUGGCACAUCUCGACUUCCCGCCCAUCCACAUCCCCAACCCCACCCUGCCCCCCGCCGAAGACCCUGCUGCCGCUGCCGCCGCUGCUGCUGAAGCCGAAGCAGCAGCAGCAGAGGCCGCGGCGGGAGAGGCGGGAGCAGAGGCGGCGGCAGCAGGAGUGGGAGGUCUGUCUCUUGACGGUGCUGGUGGGGAAGGAGGGGGGGUUGUGGCGGGGACGGGAACAGGGCUGGAUGGAAUUCCGUCCGCCACGGGCGACGUUGACUUCUUUGACGAUCUCGCUGGCAGCACCACUCCCAACGCUGCUGCUGCUGCUGCUGCUGCUGCAGCCACAGCAGGGGAAGCUCCGGGAGAGAACGGCGAGAUCACCGGGGAAGCAGCAGGGGAGGGGGAGGCGGAGGAGGAGGAGGAAGAUGACGAGGAAGAGGGGGAGGAGGGAGGCGGGGAGUGGGAGGGCGAGGUGCAGAGGGCGCUGGUGGUGGGGAACUAUGAGGCGGCAGUGGAGAGGUGUCUGGCGGCGGGCAGGGUGGCGGAUGCGCUCGUGCUGGCAGCAGUGGCGGGGUUCAACUCGGACCUCUGGGCACGCACCCAGCGCUGGUACCUCCGCCGCAACCGCCGCCGCUCUUUUCUCAAGGUGCGUGGGCUGGCUGUCGUGGGCGCCUUGUGGCUUUUGAGAGCUCUAGCCUCCCUUGUGGUUUCUGUUCUGCUAGACGCAGCGAGGGCUGCUCUGUGUGUGCCUCUUCUUUCUUCCUCCCUUGCACCCAGGCACAUCAAUCCCCUCAUCCCGUUCUCCCGUUUGCCACCAGCUCUUCUCCUCUCCCCAUCUCCACACCGUUGUGCCUGCACACGCCCAUCCCUGGCAGCAAUCACAGCUGCUGGGCUGCGACGCCACGAGCCCUCUAAUGCCGCUAGUGUGCUGAGGCUCGUGUGCUCGAGUGACAUUAGAGGGCUCGUGGCAUCGCAGCCCUUUUCCCUCCUUCCCAUUCUUAACCCUCGUUCGUUUCCACUUCCCACCCCCCCUCUCCGCUCCCCCUCCCUCCCCCCAUGUGGUGGAGAUGCAGCUACUGGGAGCGGUGGUGGCGAGCGGCAUCAGAGGGCUCGUGGCGUCACAGCCUCCUUCAACCCUCUUUCCCAUGCUUUAACCCUCGUCCCCUCUCCUCCCCUCCACCCCCUUCCACCCUAUCUUGGUCCACAGCUGCUGGGAGCGGUGGUGGCGAGUGACAUCAGAGGGCUCGUGGCGUCACAGCCGCUCUCUGACUGGCGGGAAACACUCGCCAUGCUCUGCACUUAUGCGCCAAGCCACGAGUGGUCCGUGUUGUGUGACGAGCUGGCAGCACGGCUCGAAGCGGCGGGGCAGUGGCAGGCGGCAACGCUGUGCUUCAUGUGUGCGGGCUCCAUUGACCGAGUCGUCGACAUCUGGGCCUCCCGCCUGCAGCCCUCACAGGGGUCCCCGCCCCUGCCGCACCUGCAAGAUCUUAUUGAGAAGGCAGUGGUGCUGGGCUUGGCUACAGGACAAAGCAGGGUCGGCGGCAGGUGGGCGGCGUCGCUCGUCUCAGAGUACGCAACGGUACUGGCGGCCCAGGGCCGGGCGGCGGCGGCACAGCAUCUGUUGUCUCUUCUGCCUCCGUGGGAGGAGAGUGUGAAUGACCCGAGUGUGGCCGAGGCUGCCACGGCUGCUGCUGCCUUGAAGGAGCGCAUCUACCGCAGCGGACUCGUUGUCGUGGACCCCUCACAGCCGGCCCCGCCCUUCCCCUUCACGUCUGUCGAUGUGCCUGUUGGCUCCACCACCACCACCACUGCUGCUGCUGCUGCUGCCAAGCCGUAUGCCACACAGCAAUCAGCAUUUGCUGUUGCGCCUGCUCAGCCUUCGUACUAUCAGGCAUGUACCUGCCUCAUCUCCUGCCCGGCAUUUCACCCCCCACCCAUGCAGCCCAUGCAGCCCAUGGCAGCAGGGCAGGCAGCACCAGGCGCACAGCCGUCCUUCAUGCCUGUUGCUCCCCCGCCUGUGGCCGCCCCGCCUCCAUCCACACAUCACAUGCCCUCCGGCCCUCCACCGGGAAUGAUGAUGCCCACGCAGCCGCCACCAGCAGCACGGGCAGCACAGGGACCCCGCCCAGUGGCCUUCACCCCAGUAGCUCCCCCUCCUGCCCACCGCAUGCCCACCGGCCCCCCUCCCGGCAUGGCCCCCACCGCCCCUCCCCCUGGAGUCUUCCCCCCUGGCGCACCCCCCCCUGGGGUGCUUCCCCCCGGGGUUCCCCCCCCUGGCGCUGCCCCCAUGAUGCGCCCCACUGGUCCCCCUCCUGGCGUGCGCCCCCCUGGUGUUGCUGCUGUGGGUCCGCCUGGGGCUGCUGCUGCUGCUCCUGCUGCGGCUGCACCCGCCCCCGCUGCUCCCGAGGCUGCGCCGCCCGCCCCGCCGCCCACGGUGCAAACAGCCGACACCUCCAACGUGGCCCGUGAGUUUUCUUUUUUUAUUGCCAGCCCGCCUCUCUCGUCUCUCGCCUCUCGUCUUCCCCUCCUCCCCCACACGAUUUGGCCCAAGAGUCUCUUGAACCGGGUGUGUGCUGCUCUCCCUCCCCUCUCCCCCUCUCUCCCUCUCUCCCCCUCUCUCCCUCUCGCCCCAGCUGAGCUGCGCCCAGUGGCAGGCACGCUGGGGAGGGUGUACAAGGAGGUGGCAGCGGCGGUGGCGGCGCAGGGCAAUGCGGGGAAGAAGAGGGAGAUGGACGCCAACAGCAAGAAGCUCGGGCUGCUGCUGCAGCGCCUCAACCAGCGCGAUGUGUCGCCCUCCGUAGCUGGCAAGCUGGGGCCACUCUGUGCUGCUCUGGAUGCCGGGGACUAUGCCACUGCUCUGCACAUCCAGGUGGAUCUGACGACCAAGGACUGGGAGGAGUGUGGCGUGUGGCUCACGGCGCUCAAGAGCGUUAUCAAGACAAGACAACAGCUGGGAUGA